AUGACUGUCUCGCUAAAACACCCACCAGAAAGCAUCAGUAUCUUUCCGAUUACAGCAGAGGCUCAAAACUUCUGUCGAAUGGCAUGGAAGGAAGGAAUCAAAGCGGCUGCUGCGGUUGCAAUUGGACUUCGAAAGUAUUCUGAUAGGUCUGACGAGUUUCUUGUUGUGAACGUUGAGGAACCACUUGCCCAGUUUACCGACAUUCAAUAUUCAAUCUUCGAUCAAGGCGCAGAGGUCGAGUGUACAUCAACGGGAAUAAUGAGUCUCGCGGAGAGCCUCGGUUUGGUGCUUAAUCAAGAGUUGAUCGAGGGGCCGCAGAACUCUCUACAUCGAAUGCCAGAGGACAUCCUUUCCUGGUUCAUCGCUACAACUAAGGGUGAUACAAGGGCAAUGUCCGAUGGUUUCGGCAUCAUGGACCCAAAUAUGACUGACGAGUCCAAGGUGGAUGGAUUCUGCAUACUCCAAUCACUCUUUAUGGGCUAUUAUUACGAUAUUUUUGGGAGGCUAGUGGACACCCUGCUGGGGAAGUGUUCGUCUCCAAGUGAGAUAGGAGGCUUCACGAUCAUCGAUGUUGAUGUUGGAGGCAUACCACGCGACAGCCAGGGACUUAUAUGCCCGGGCGUACGAACCGAGUUUUUGGAAUCUGAUAUCAUGGGUCCGGAAAGAAUGAGGAAGACUAUCAAGCACAAUCUCUGCGAAAAGUCGACCGAUGAAGAUGUUACCUUUAAUAUCAAGCCCGACUGGGAUGGAAACCCAGAUACUACCUUGAUAUGUGCCAGAUACAAGGGAAGACGAGUCACUGCAAUAUCCCCAUUAAUCUCGGAUAGGUAUUUCUGCCUCAGCUACGUUCCCCCACGCCCGCGCGACAUGACGCAGACCUCAAUAGAGAGAUCUCGAUUGGAGAUGGCAGUCGAGAUGACCAUAUCCGACCUGAUACGAGAAGAUAGCAAGCUCCUCGGCUCUGGCGACGUCGAGAUCCCGAUCCUUUUCCAGGCUCUCGAUCGACCAUGUUUACGAUACUGCGCUGCGUCCAUCUACAAGGAUAGCCCGGUGUCUUUGUCUGAGAACUUGGUCUUCGAGUCUGCUCCCCUUUCAGACCGAGCGAAUGAUUGGUUAUACUCUCCAGAGCCCGCUCCCGCAGGACGCAUACUCAGUCAUACUAUGGAGGGAAAGUAA